AUGCUAGAACCGAACUCCUCCUCCAAACGGCGUAUCCUCCUAUGCUCAACCGUCGGUGGCUUCACCCACGCCGCCCCGAUCCUCGAGCUCGGAGCCGUCCUCGCAGCUCGCGGCCAUGAAGUCCAAUUCGGAGCAAACUCCGGCCAGGAACACUGGACAUCAAACUACCCGUCUAUCACCCGUCUCCACAGCUUCGGUCCUGCUCUUCCGGACGCCGAUGCUGAAGCGCACUACGCGCGCAUGAUCCCGUGGCGGCCCAGCGACGGCACCGGGCCCAUCAUGGAGUCCAAGUACCUCUUCGACUCCUACUGGCCCGACACAUGGUUCCAUUUGCGCGAAAUCAUGCUCGACCCAGACACCAAGCUCGACAUGAUUAUCGCAGACUUCUUCGUAGAGGCAGCGGCUAAGGAUAUGAUGAUCGAGUUUGGCGUCCCCAUUGCCGUCAUGUGGCCUCAGAUGCCGUAUCUCCUGGCACCCGUAAGCUAUAUCCCCGGCCAGCCGGGCUUCCAGGUCGAACGACACGGCGUCAAGCACGCGGUUCCACUGGCGUCUAAACCGAAUCCCCUUGUGUUUGUCAACUCGUUCUUUGGACUUGAGCCGGCCAAAGACUUGCCUCCUCUCAUGCAGGUGGUCGGACCGAUUCUGGGGGAUGAGUACUCUCCGCUCGACGAAAUCUACCAAGCGUUUCUAGAGUCUCAUGAUAAGACGGUAUAUGUCGCUCUGGGGACUCAUAUCACACUCCCACGAGUAGAGCUGAUGAAGCUGCUCAAUGGCCUCGUCAUGGCUUUAGAUGCUGGGCAUAUCAACGGUGUAAUAUGGUCUAUCGGGAAAUCAGCGAGGCAGAAUUUUGAUAGAUCAGCACAGGUCGAAGGACCUAAUGGUGGCAAGAUCUUGGUCGCUGACAUUCUCGAUGAGAAGCACCCAGAUAUUCGAGUCCCAUCUUUCGCUCCCCAACGAGCCAUCCUCGAACACCCCAAUACCAAGCUCUAUCUCACUCACGGAGGCGGCUCCAGCGCAAACGAGACCCUAUUCCACGGAAAUUCCACACUGAUUCUAGGCUUCUUCUUCGACCAGCUCGCCAACAGCGCCCGCCUCGUUGAAGCAGGCGUCGGUUUAGCCAUGGACAAGUUUCACUUCACCGCCGACGAGAUCGCAGACAAGAUCGGCCGCUUCAUCUCUGACGUCGACGGGUCUUUUGGCAGUAACGCCGAGCGCAUGGAAAGAAUAGCACGCGUGGCAUCUCGACGCAAGGAACUCGCCGCCGACAUGGCUGAGGAGGUCAUCUUUGAUCCCAAGUUGCGCUCAGCAGGCGGAAGAGCGCUGCGACCCAUGCACCUUCAGACGGCAAACAUGAGGAUGCCGGUGUGGAAGGCCAGGAAUUGGGACCUGUGGUUCGUCUCCGUCUCUGCGUUGGCGCAUGCUCGGCGACUCGAUUUAGGCAUCUUUAGAUUUGUCUGGGCUAUCGUGUACGACGCGAAUUGA